AUGUCUUUCCUCGGUGGUGCGGAAUGCUCCACGGCAGGGAACCCUCUGACACAAUUCACCAAACACGUCCAAGAUGACAAGUCCCUCCAGCGGGAUCGGCUGGUUGGCCGCGGCCCGGGCGUGCAGGAGGGCAUGCGGUCACGCGGAAUGAUGGGCGGGCAGGACCAGUCUGAAGACGACGAUGUUCGCAGCGAAGUUAACGCGGAAACCUCCGACGAACAGAUGAUGGACGAUUUCAUGCAACAGCCCGGUCAACAACUCAACGGACCCUCACCCCAGCCCUUUGCGAUGGAACACAUGCGUCGCGAACUUGAGAAUUUCCAGACCGCUCCCCUGCGUACGGGGUCGCCAGGCUGGGCCGCGGAAUUCGAUCCCGGCGAGCAAGCACGCAUGGAAGCCGCCUUCCCCGGAGCUGCGCCACAGCAGAUGAAUAAUGGAUCUGGAUUUACUCCCGCUGAGUUCGCUCGUUUCCAGCAACAGAGUCGCAUGGGUAUGCCACAGAAUGCCAACCAGGGUGCCACCGCCACACCUCCGCUCAUGUCGGGCUACCAACGGCCCAUGGGCAUGGGUGGCUACAUGGGUGGUAUGGGUAUGGGGAUGGGCAUGCGACCCAUGGGCAUGCAGUCCCCGAUGAUGCAGCAGCCUAUGGAUGCUCAGACUCAAGAUAAGGGAAAGGGCCGAAUGGUCGAGCUGGAUGAUGAGAACUGGGAGGCGCAAUUUGCGGAGAUGGAGACCGCUGGCAACGAGACGAAGACGGAUGAUGAGGCGAAUGCCGCCAUGGAGGCGGAAUUGAAUGAGCUCGACAGGUCAGUGCCCUCCAAUGAUGCCUUUGAAUCUGUGUGGCAGCGGAUCCAAACUGAGACCGCUGCGAGUAGGAAACUGGCGGAGGAAGAUAAUUUCGAAGUCACCGAUAGCGUCCACGUUGGCGACCUUGGCGACUGGGAAGGCUUCGAUAGCCUGAAUACCCGCUUCCGCGACCCCCAGCUUGGGGAUUACAUGUUUGAGGAGGAUAAUGUUUACCAGGCAGUCAAUAACCCGUUCGAGGAGGGUGUGAAAAUUAUGCGCGAGGGCGGUAAUCUGUCUCUUGCGGCUUUGGCUUUCGAAGCUGCCGUGCAGAAGGACCCUCAGCAUAUCCAGGCUUGGACGAUGCUGGGUUCUGCCCAGGCUCAAAAUGAAAAGGAGCUGCCGGCUAUCCGAGCUCUGGAGCAAGCAUUGAAGAUUGACAGCGGUAACCUGGACGCUCUGAUGGGCUUGGCCGUCUCAUACACGAACGAGGGCUACGAUUCAACUGCUUACCGCACACUGGAACGCUGGUUGUCCAACAAAUACCCAUCCAUUAUCGACCCCAAGGAGGUGUCUGGUGACGCCGACCUGGGCUUCACAGACCGCCAACUCCUGCACGACCGCGUGACCGAACUCUUCAUCCAAGCCGCACAACUUUCUCCUUCCGGUGCUCAGAUGGACCCCGACGUCCAAGUCGGUCUGGGUGUUCUCUUCUACUGUGCCGAGGAAUAUGAAAAGGCCGUGGACUGCUUCUCCGCUGCCCUGGCGUCCACCGAGUCUGGUAGUACCAACCAACAAGAGCAGCUCCACCUUCUCUGGAACCGUCUGGGUGCCACCCUGGCCAACUCCGGCCGCUCAGAGGAAGCCAUCGAAGCUUACGAGCAAGCACUGAACAUCAACCCCAACUUUGUGCGCGCCCGCUACAACCUCGGUGUCUCAUGCAUCAACAUCGGCUGCUACCCCGAGGCCGCACAGCACCUUCUCGGCGCACUGUCUAUGCACCGCGUCGUAGAGCAGGAGGGUCGUGAGCGUGCUCGUGAGAUCAUCGGCGGUGGCUCCGCACCCGAUGGCCUCGACGACGAGCGCUUGGAGCGGAUGCUGCACAUCAGCCAGAACCAAAGCACUAACCUCUAUGAUACCCUGCGCCGUGUCUUCAGCCAGAUGGGCCGUCGUGAUCUUGCGGACCAGGUUGUUGCGGGUAUGGACGUCAAUGUCUUCCGCAAGGAGUUUGAAUUCUAG